GUCAUGUGGUUUAUGCACAGUUGGAAAUGACUGUAUUUCACUGGCCAAAUCUUCAACUGGUUUCUGUCGUAAAAUUUGUUCGUCUGUCUGUAACUGAACACUUGCAACGCAAAAUUCUGCUGCCAGUUGAGAAUCAGUUCGAGGAUAAGAACUGCUCAGAUUAUUCCUCAGUGGGAUGGUUACCUGGUGCUGAAUCCCUGUGCCAGUCCACAACCAUUUCAUCAAGCAGUCAGAGCAAUCCUGCGAGAAGACACAGUAUAGCUUCUGACGGUGGGGACACUGGGAUUGGUACCUCCUGUUCGGAUAGUGUGGAAGAUCAUUCAACUUCGAGUGGUACAUCCUCAUUUAAGCCCAGCCGAUCACUGGUCUGUAUUCCCACUGCCCAUGUGAUGCCGUCUAAUGCCAGCUCUUCACUUUCCAAACACAGAGAAGCUUUCAAGUCUGAUGGCUCAGAAUGGAGUACCAGCUUUGUGCCGUCAGCAGGAGGCAGAAAUCAGGGUGCCCUGGACAAUUCUCUUGACAUGAAAGAUGCAAGACCUGUAAGGAAAUGGUCCUCCUUGUCUAAGCUGAGCUCACCAACUGCCUUCAGCCAGGAUGGGAGUAGUCAUUCAGUGGACUCCAGGGCUGGUACAGACAAAGCUGCGUCACUGCAAUUAAGGACAAAUGAGCCAAGUUGUUUGCAUGAUAGGAUGGAGUUGCUAAAAAUUGAGGACAGAGAAAUGGGGAGAAAACUAUCUUCUCUGUUGGACUGCAAAUACAAAUUUGAAACAUGCAGCAAAGAUGAUUUUGUUGCAGACUCCUCAAGUAGGAGACAUGCCUUAGACCUGACCUACAGUGCCUUACCUGAAAGCGAACCUGCGGCAGCCAGCUGCGAAGAUUUUGGCCAGAGAUACGCAACUCUGGGACAGCAGGCUGUGAGCGGAGCUCCCAUACAGCCGGCAGUGAGGACUCAGAUGUGGCUUAAAGAGCAGUUACGUGCGAAUCCUGUGGACUGCAGGGCUGCCGAGAAGCCCUACGGCCCAGCUGCCUGGCAUUCCCAGCAGCUGGAGGAUUUUAGGACUGGAGGUGAACAGCCAGCGCAGGUAGAGAGCAGAGGCCAAGGGGGCCCCUUGGAGCCAGAGCGAUGGAAACUGGCAGGAAAAGCCAGGAGCCAGACCAGGAAACUGGUGAGGGCACUACCAGACAGGCUCUUGGCAGCGACUCGUGGCAUUAAGGAGCACACGAGGGUUUUGAGGCACAGCUUCAUGAUUGAAACAGAUGAAGCCCUGUAUGUGUUAGGCUAUUGA